AUGGAGGUCUUGGAUACAAUACGGGAACUACAAACACUACCAGACGGUAUCCAUUUGCUAUGUCCCAGGCAACGACGCGAUGACUACGGCCGUUACGAUGAUUCCGACGGCGAGAACGAGACACAACGCGCACUGGAACGCCGAGACAAGGCAUUAUCGUGCCUACCAAUUCUAGCUUUCAGUCAAGAUGGCCUAGAACAAUUACAAGACUGGCUAUGGCGGAAAUUCGAUGAUACUCUGGAAAGCUGCGAUUUUUGCAUCCGGCAGUAUCAUCGAGGAAAAGUGACCCUGGCCGAAAACCUGAAAGAGAGCUACGAAGAGGAGGAUAUCGAGAAAUUGAUGCGAUUGCUCGAGGAAUGGGAUAUAAAGCGUAUGAAGAGGAAUUUGACGACGGCUCUUGAAGAACUCAAUGCGGUUCCGCCAGAGAAAAUAGGCCUAGACGCUUUGAGAACGUCGUCAUUGCUCGCUAUUUUUGAGUGUCUGAGUUCUGAAGUCAUGCAGAAGAACGCUGCCCUGCUCAGAGAGUACUUUGACGCCCCGUUUAGAAUGAUCCAGACUAAACGCACCCUCAAGCUCACAGACUACGUGCCAGGUCUCACAAAUUUCUUAUUCGAUCCCGACCCAGUUCGGAAUCAUUGGGCUCUGCAUGGCUGGUCUCGUUUUCGUCGACCGCCUACCUCAGAUGAAUUCGAGUGGGCAGUGAAAGACGGACUAACUCGUGCUCUCAUUUCUGCCUCACCUCAACAACAACACCUUGAUAUUUCUGCCAUUCAACGAUUAUGGACAGGGUUGCGAAUCAUUAUUACGAGACUCGACAAAGAUCAAAUUACUCAUCAUCUUCGUGCUCUAGAUAUUGACCCUUGUCGUUUGUCUGUCGAACACCUCGGAAUCCAGUCACCCGUUCUGAGAGUUUUAUUGAACACCAUUCAAUUACUCUUAGAAAAGGCACCAACAGACUUUUGGGACGCCAUGCAGACCAUAUCACCCCAAGCGAUCGCUGAACAAGUCUUCAAUAACCCUCAAUUUGAUACUUACCUUCUGGAGGCAAAGGACGAUGUCACGCUUUCUAAAUCUCCACUAAAUGACAUGCUAUCAUGGAUAUCGCCCUUUAUGUCAUCUUUGAAAAGCAUCAAUCAGACACCCGCUUGCAGAUAUAUAGUCUCACAACUAUUCAAGCGGUUUCAAGACAAAAGAUUACCCUCGGUCGCUCGCUUUCAGUGUUUCCUAGUUGGAAUCGAAGUGUUACUUUGUACGCUACGAACUUUCACCAAUAAUGAAUCGUCACGCGGGUCUGUUGCGCGCGUAGUGUUAUCUGAAACAUUGGAAAUUGUCAAGGAACAUAUCGAUAUCAUUGUCGCACCUGAGUUAGGCGGCGCUGGUGAUAGGGCUCAAUUGAUCGUCAAUGGUUGCAUGGACGUCGUUAGCAACACUCUUGCUCUUGAAUGUCAGUCAUUAAAGACGGACUAUGAGGUCUUAUUGAAUCAUUCCACUAUGCAACAUGGAAAAAGUACUUAUUCACCAGAAAUCUGGGACGCCGUUAUCGCGAGAUUAAGUCAAAGCAACAGAGAUCUCUCGACUGCAGCACUGAAAGGCAUAUUGGAGCUGGUCGGUCUUGAAAAAUUUCCUACAAAAGGCGAGGAUAGCCCAGAGAAGACAAAGUACAAUGUUAUCUAUGGCCAUCUCACACACCUAUCAGCUCAGAUAUUUGAGCGUUUAGCUGAAUUUGACCCUGAGCAUCUAGAUGCCUUGUUUGCUAGCCAAGAUACAGCCUGUGCCUUGAUUUCUGCAUUGUUCUCGGCUGAUCUUAACACCUAUCAAGCAGCCGUGGAUCUCAUCAAAAACGUUAGCGGCCAAUCUGCUAGGAGAGACGCGAUUUCUCAUCUUUUGAAGUCAUUCUUUUCUACAGCUGUUUACGGUUUCGGCUGGUCGUUCUCGAGAAUCAGUGCACUGAAAACUUUCGGUUCUGCUCCCAGGAUGAUUCAUACCGGAACAGACAUUAUCGACGUACUCUGUGACACGCAAACCGGUAUUCUCAGAACUCGGAAACUGACCAACAAGAAAGAAUUGACGGAGAUUCAGAACCUGUGGGAACGCCAAUGGUCAUCUUUGACCACGAUUUUUGACAUGACCGAAGCCUGGCACAACCGAGGAAACGACAAGAAAGUCAUGCUGGAAUUCUGCCGUGAUACUAUUCAAUUUGCGGACGUUCUUUUUGCUCAAUACCCCGUGUUUGCGAGUGCCAUGAGUGGUGGUGACGCAUCGCAGGAAGAUACAGUGAGGGAAGCUCUACUACAGUACCCGACAGGAACGAUGAAAGGCAUGGUCAAAUGGCUUCGACUCAAAGACGAAUAUCUUGCCACGACCUUGGUCGGUCUCGUCUCAAAAAUCCUUCGACGACUAGGCGAGUUAAAUAUCACGACUGUUGAUCGUAGUGCUCUCCAGAUUAUUGAAAACGUUGCUGUAACAGGAGCGAUCAAGACGAUGUUGACUGCACGUGAGAAAGCUGAAUUAGUGCGCGCUCUCGAAGCAUAUUAUAAGAAGCCAGUCGUAACGGCAUCAACUGCAGCAUUAAAAAAACAAAGCUCUAUUACGGCCUUUGCCAAACAGGCCGAUUCAUCUGGUCGAUCAACUCCAGCUCGGUCAACAAGCGAAGAUGACUACGGCGAUUCUUCCGUGCUGGAUGAGACACUGCUGCAGCUCUCCAGGUCUGUUGAAAUGAAUAAAGCGCGUCUCGCUAGUCAACCUCAAAAGAAACUUCCCACCACGACCAAGUCGCCUCUUGUACUUCCGAAGCCUCCUACUCGUCCCGGAGCAUCAGUCGAGUCGUUCCGCGAGAAACGAGAGAAGGAGAGGGAGGCCAAGAAAAAACGUGAUCUUGCUGAGCUGCAGCGACUUAAAAAGAAUAUUCCAGGACUUGGUGUGGCAGAGCAGACUGCUGGACAGGGCUCAGGAGUACAAGGGGGCAUUAGGGGUAAAGAUCAUACUCCCACCGAUAGUAUGAUGGUAGCUUCUGAUUCCGAAUCAGAAGAAAGUGAUGAUGAAGUUGACGUGGAACUAUUCGGAAAGAAAGCUGCCUCAACCCCUGACGCCGUUAGAGAAUACCAGGAAAGCAAACGACGAGCUCUCAAGCAACAAGGUCCUGUCAAGAAAGUGAGACAAUGGCGAUCGGCAAAGGAUAUGCGAGCUCGUUUAGUUCCAGAUCUCUCGUCACUGCACCGCACCUUACUCGAAUGGGAUUUCUUUGCCAAUGGUGACUUACCUCCUAACUCGGGCCGUACGGAUUACUCCCUUAUUACAUCUACUUUCAGGGACCCUAUGGAAUAUCAGCGUACUUUUGAGCCAUUGUUGGUCCUAGAAGCAUGGCAGGGCUUUCAGUCCGCCAAAGAAGAAGCCAAUUUUAAACCGUUCGAGGUCACGGUGGCUACUCGUCUAUCCGUUGACUCCUUCAUGGAAGUGAGCACAAGUUUGAAGAGUGCGGCGGAUUUGAAAGAUUUCGGUCUCGGUGAGGCAGAUAUCGUGUUGCUGUCCAAGUCCAGAGAUCCUGCGAAUGACAAGUCAGCAUCCCAUUGCUUGGCCAGAAUUUCGGGCAUCAAUAGGAAGAAGGGCAAUGUCGAGGUGUCAUAUCGUGUUAAUCCUGGCAGUGCAAUGGUGUCCGCUCUGUCACCAGGAGCCACGUUGUGGGCAGUACGCAUCACGUCACUAACACCACUGGAGCGCGAGUACGGGGCACUUAUGGCGUUGCAGUAUUACGAUCUUUGCGAGGAGAUUAUCAAGGCUAAACCAUCACCGCUCCUCAAAUAUAACGACGCAAGCCUGAAGCCAUUAGUGGAUAACUAUAGCGUCAAUCAAGCGCAGGCCAAAGCCAUCAAAUCUGCAUUGGACAAUGAUGCCUUUACUUUGAUUCAAGGUCCACCAGGUUCUGGCAAAACCAAAACAAUCGUUGCUCUUGUUGGAGCGUUGUUGAGUAGUACACUAGGCAAUCAACAUAGCGUGUCUAUUUCCCGUCCUAGCACUCAUCAGGCUCCAGGGCCUAAAGCGCCUACGACAGCUACCAAAAAAAUCCUUGUUUGUGCUCCCAGCAAUGCAGCUGUUGAUGAACUGGUGAUGCGUUUCAAAGCUGGCGUCAAAACACUUAACGGUCGAUCGGAGAAGCUCAAUGUCCUUCGAUUAGGUCGCAGUGAUGCUAUCAAUGCAAAUGUACUGGACGUUACCCUAGAUGAGCUUGUGAAUGCCCGCUUGAACCAGACCAUUCAAAAAACCUCGGAGGAAAAGAAUCCUCAGAAAAUCUUCGAGGAUCACAAAUCUACAGAUACUGCGUUCAAGGAAACUCGAACAAAACUUGACCAAUUCAGGGCGAAAGGACAAACGCCCCCCGAUGAGCUUCUACGUGAAUUUGAAUUACUCAAGAAGAAGCGAACCCAGCUCAGUCAAGAAAUUGACAAUACCCGAGAUCGCAAUAAUGAAAUUGCUCGCAACAACGACUUGACUCGUCGUCGUAUUCAGCAAGAGAUCGUUGACGGUGCUCAUGUUAUUUGUGCGACGCUAAGUGGUAGUGGACACGAGAUGUUUCAAAAUUUAAAUAUCGACUUUGAAACUGUGAUUAUCGACGAAGCCGCUCAAUCUAUCGAAUUGAGUGCGCUCAUCCCGCUAAAGUACGGCUGUGCCAAGUGCAUUCUUGUCGGAGAUCCCAAACAGCUUCCACCUACUGUGCUGUCUAAAGAGGCUUCUCGCUUCCAAUAUGAGCAGAGUUUGUUCGUUCGAAUGCAAUCCAACCACCCUAACGACGUGCAUCUUUUGGAUAUCCAGUACCGUAUGCACCCGGCAAUUAGUCAGUUUCCUAGUGUGACCUUCUACGACGGCCUGUUGCAAGAUGGACCUGAUAUGGCAAAACUUCGUGCUCGGCCGUGGCACAACAGUCAAUUGCUUAGCCCCUAUCGCUUCUUUGACGUCCAAGGCCUACACCAGAGUGCCUCCAAGGGCCACUCCCUUAUCAACAUUGCCGAGUUGAACGUAGCAAUGCAGCUCUAUGAAAGGUUGCUUGCCGACUUCAAGUCAUACGAUUUCUCGGGCAAGAUUGGUAUCAUUACGCCAUACAAAGGCCAAUUGAGAGAAAUGAGGACACGAUUUGCUGCUAGAUAUGGUAAUUCAAUUUUUUCCAAGGUCGAAUUCAACACCACCGACGCUUUCCAAGGUAGAGAAAGUGAAGUCAUCAUUUUCUCUUGUGUGCGCGCUUCAAAUAAAGGUAUUGGUUUCUUGUCAGACAUCCGUCGUAUGAACGUCGGUUUGACUCGUGCUAAGUCGUCCCUCUGGGUUCUUGGAAAUUCCCAGUCCCUUAUUCAAGGCGAAUUCUGGAAGAAGCUCAUCACUGAUUCCAGACAACGUAACGUCUACACGGAUGGCGAUGUUCUGGCGAUGUUACAACGUCCACAGUUUACUGGAUAUCGAGAUGUGGAUAUGGCUGACGCAGAUGCUAAUGAAUCAUCUACAUCUGCGGUGCACACGCCUACUGAAACUAGAUCAUCCAACGAAAUGGAGUCAGUGUCUGCUCGCAACACUCCUACUCCUGUCCUUAGUGGUCCAUCAGGCGGCUUUAAUGGACUGGACGACACGAAGACCUGUGCAAACUGCGGCAGCUUUGAUCACUUUACGAGAAACUGUGACAAUGCCGAAGCUCUUGAGCUUGCUAAAGGCAUGUGCUUCCGCUGCAAGCAGCCCGGUCACACAAAGAUCAGAUGUACUGCACCCCGUUGCUUGAUGUGUGGCGAAAUUGGUCACUUGGCUGAAGGGUGUCAGUCUAAAGAGCUCCUAUCCCAGAAAGAGAUGAACAGCAUAGCCCAAGAAGAGUCUCGACAUAAAAGAGCGCAACAGGCUAAACGCGAGGAGAUUAGGCAAAAAAAUGCUCAAGCUCGCGAUCCUGGCAUUCCAGUUGUCAAGGCGACUAGAUCACCAUCGCCGCCUCCACAGCGUCAGCAACAGAUGGGGAAGAGGAAGCUCCCGCCUAGUGGACCGUUUGCGAAGAAUACCAAGCGUAGGAUAGACGCAGAAACCCCGCAAGAAGUCCCGAGUAACUUGGUGAAACCUUCUCGCGAUGGACCCGGAUAUCAACGCAUUGUCCAUGAGUCUAAUCCUAUGAAUGAUAAUGGUGGCAAAGUUUUGGUGGAUAAUAGUUUGAUACAAGCACCUCGCGGGCCAAAAGGAGCCAGACCUAGACCUGGGCCUGGAUCUGGACCUGGGCCUGGCAAUAUGCCGCCACGUCCUCCGAUGCCGAUGCGAAAAAAGAAAGACGCCGACCCGUUCAUUCGGCCCAAGAGAAGAUGA